CACCCGCGUCGCAACCCCCCGCAGCAACAAGCGGAGCGGCCACUCUCUCCCUUUCUGCCCCCUAUCAUACAAGUACUUCCCUCCAUACUAUUACCACUGCCUACCGUCAUUCACCUCAGGUCACCUCAAGUCUCAUCUCCUGAUCUGUCCCUCUCUUUCAUUUUCCCGAGAAGAAGGACCCAUUCCUCGCGCCACUCCUUUUCCGUUCGACUCUUGACCUUACACCCUCACCACACACACACACCCUUACCACACACUACAUCCACCCAUCAUCUUCAUCUUCAUCUUCAUCCUCGACCUUUUUCAUCCUUUUCCUAACUUGUGGAUUUGAUACUUUGACUUUCCUAUCCUCCUGGUAAAUAAGCAAUAGGAAAAAGUCUGACGCGACUCCCGCUUAAAAUAUAACAUCCUUCUGCCGGCCAUUGUCUGCUUUGUGCGCACAGUAAUCUACCGUACACCCCUCCUACCGGUUUUCUAGACGGAGCUUUUAUCGAGUAGAGGGAGAAUCAAGGAGAGAGAGUUGCACACAAUACACGUACAGUACAGGAUAUCAAGGAGAGAGAGAGAGAGAGACAAACAAACCUAAAGCAAAGGGAAAUUUUCAAAGGAAAUUAGUCGCGCGACACCUUUUUUUUUUUUUUGAGGCUCUCGUUAAAAAAAAAAAAAAAAAAAAUUCGUACGCGUCAUCUAUCGUCGACGUUGCUGAGUCCCUGGGGACCUUUGCUCUCCCUUUCCCUUUACACGUUCAUCCCUUUCCUCAUUUCUUCCCCUUUACGAGUAAUCUACAUACGAAAGUUCCAAGAUCGUCGAAUCCAUAAUGUCUGCAGUGGUGACUGAGCUGGAGAAUGCUCUCCAAGCCAUGCAGGCUACAAAGGCGCCCGGUGUAUCGGGUACGAAAAUCAAUCAAAUCACAGAACUAAGCUUAAGAAAUGUCCAGUCUGAAUCUGUCAUCAUUCAAAAAGUCUACACGCACUUUAAGAAGUGUCCUGGAACACAUAAACUAGGUCCUCUCUACGUCGUAGACUCUAUCGCCCGGAAGUAUCUUGAACAGGCAAAGAGGCUGCAUGAGCCAGUAUCUCAUGCUGCACCUGAUGGUACAUUUGGCGCCGGGGUGCAUAGAAUCACCAAUUUGUUGCCCGCGUUAAUGAAUGACAUUCUUCAAAAUGCUCCUCCAGAAGAAAAUAAGGAUAAAAUAGAUAAACUGGUGACGAUUUGGGAACGCAGUUCCACGUUCCCUCCCGAGGUUUUGGCCGAUAUAAAGCAGAGGAUCGCUGCGAGUCCCAUGUCAAUUGUCCCGAAUGCUCGCUCGACAACUCCUACUGGCUCACCACCACCUCAUCUGCAGUCCCUUGCCGGUCAGAUACAGAAUCUCCCCGUGUACCAACCACCACAGGCUCACCAGAACCCACAAUCCGCGAUCCCAAAUACGCAGUCGCAAAAUGCAACGACUACGGCUGGUAUAUUGCAGGCUCUGGCUCAAAUGGCCAAGCAGAAUAAGACUGCCAUGCCACCACAGGCCCCUUCUCAGCAACAGACACCGGCCCCGGUCCCACAGUAUAGCGCGCCGACCCCUCAACAGCAGCCCAGUGGGAUGCCCAAUCUAUCCCAAAGCGCAAGUUCGCUUGUUGUAUCGCAGCCUCAACAGGCUCAACUCCCCAUGGCUCAAAUGCCGUAUACUUCCACUCCCCCUAAUCAAAACCCAAAUGCUGCUAUUCCGAUGAUGGGAAAUCAAUUGGGUGGGAUGUUCUUGGGGCAGCCCGGCCAGGGGCAGUUUCCUACUUUUCCCCCGCAGCCCCCUCUCCCACCACCUAUCCCUCAACAAGGCACUGCACCUGCGGGAAUAGAACAGAUGGCGCUUUUACAGUUGCUUCUCCAACACGGCGGUAUGAACCUCCCACAGCUGACCCAGUCAUUUGGAAAUUUAGCUUCUGGACAAGGCGGCCCCGGCGCCGACCUAGGUGCUGUUUUGCCAGCAUGGACACAAAUUAUGAAUGCUGCCCAAGGACAAAACCAACAAGAUUCUUCUAGAAGUGGUGAUGACGGAUAUGGUAGAGGCCAGAGGAACCGUGAACAUUAUUCUCCCCCGUCCCGUUCCCCGCCACGCUAUGGUAGAGAUGCAAGACGGGGAAGGUCUCGCUCUAGAUCGCCAAACAGAUUUGAUCGAGGAUCCCCCCGCAGCCGCAGGGAUCGUAGCAGAACCCCGCCCCGAUUUUCCAAUGGCAAGGGCCAAGCCGAGCGUAAUGUCACUCCUACUGCGUUACCUAAGUUUCCUAAGCAUGUCGAGUUUGACCCCACAAUCGGGCCGAAUAAUAUCAAAGUGCUUAGCAGAACCUUGUUUGUGGGUGGUGUAACCAUUACCGACGACGAGCUCCGAAAACUCUUUGAGAAACAUGGAUACGUCCAGUCCUGUAUAGUCAAUCAGGAGAAACGGCACGCCUUUAUCAAGAUGCUUACCCGCCAGGACGCUGUCAAGGCCCGUCAAGGAAUGGAGACAUACAGAGCCGAUAACAUGACCAUAAGGACCAGAUGGGGUGUCGGCUACGGUCCCCGUGACUGCAGCGAUUACCAGACGGGUAUCAGUGUCAUCCCGAUAGACCGUCUAACUGACGCAGAUCAGAGAUGGAUGGUUUCAGCAGAAUAUGGGGGCACCGGAGGCCGACCUCUCGAAGGGGGAAUGUGUGUGGAAGAACCCGACAUUGAAAUAGGUCAAGGUGUGUCCUCGAAAGCUAUAUCCAAACGCUUCCCCACCGACUCUGGCGGAGCCAAAGGACCUCGCUCCUCACACGACAACACUAGUAGCACCGGUAAUGCCAGUGGCGGCAACACCACCCAGCGCGACCCUCCCCGUACUAAGCGCAACGAUUAUAGCGAACUUCACGAUCGUACCGGUCGCGACAGCAAUAUCGGCGUGGCACCUCCAACCCCAGGCUUCGGCACGGGUCUUCCGUUCCCUAUGGGAAUGAUGCCGCCAAAUAUGCCUCCCGGGUAUCAGUAUCCCGGCUUUCCCAACCAGAGGUAGUUGGGUGAUCGGGCGAACCGGGUUUGAAGCAAUUCUUUUUUCUUUUUUUUAAGAAAAAAUGAAUGAAAGGCAGACAGAAACAAAAAAAAAAAAAAACAGCUUGUGAUAUUGCGGUUGGUUGGCUGAGGCGGGCCGGAGGGGAGGGUAAUGGUAUAUGGUUUUUCCGGCCGGAGAGCACAAACUUAACUUGACCUUGAGCUUGAUUUUAGUUUUAGCUUUUCUAGUACUUUUCUUCUUCUUCUCCUUCUUCUACUGCUAUUAUUACUCUCCCCUUUCCUCUGCCUGUUCCUUCUCUCCUGAUAUUUUUUGCUACUGCUACAAUUUUUUCUAUCUUCUCCUUCUCUCUGUUCCUUUUUCAUUUCUGGCGAUUGUUGUUGGUGGACGUAAGCAAGUAAGCAAGGGGGAAUUGAAACGGAAGAAGCGCCGAAUGAGAAUCCAGUCGAGUCCAGCCGA